AUGGCGGCGGCCAUACUGCUGGCCGCCGGGCUCUGCGGGGCGCGCCGGGCAGAGGCGGUGGCGGGGCCGCGGAGGGCGCAGGUGAGAGGAGCUGCAGGUGUGACUGAUGGGAAUGAAGUGGCCAAGGCCCAGAAGGCAGCUCCUCGGGGAGCAGCUCCAACCGUCUCCUGGAUCCUGGAUCGAAGCCUCCCAGCUGGCGUUCUGUAUGAGGACCAGCAGUGUCUCGUAUUCCGUGGCGCGGCCACUCAGGCUCCUGUGCACUUUCUGGUCAUUCCUGAGAAGCCCAUUCCUUGCAUUAGCCAGGUUGAGGAAGAAGACCGGAAGCUUCUAGGACACCUUCUCCUUGUGGCCAAGAAGACAGCAAAGGCUGGGGGGCUGGGAGAUGGCUACCGAUUUGUGAUCAACGAUGGGGAGCUGGGCGCACAAUCUGUUUAUCACCUGCACAUUCACGUACUUGGGGGCCGACAGCUGCAGUGGCCUCCAGGUUGA